ACGUUAAAGAAAGGGAAAGGAGCAGAGAUCGAAAUGAAAAGGAUAGAAGAAAACGAUCUCGAUCUCGCGAACAUAGACGAAGAUCUAGGUCAAGGAGCAGGGAGCCACGUCCAAGAAGAAGAAGCCGUUCAGGAUCUCCAAAACAUAACAAAAGCGCUUAUUCCAGACGUCGUAAGCCAUCUCUAUACUGGGAUGUCCCACCGCCAGGAUUCGAACACAUCACCCCUUUACAGUAUAAAGCCAUGCAGGCCGCUGGUCAGAUUCCUGCAAAUAUAGUUGCCGAUACUCCGCAAGCAGCGGUACCUGUAGUGGGGUCAACCAUUACAAGGCAAGCUCGGCGUUUAUAUGUCGGCAACAUUCCGUUUGGUGUGACUGAAGAGGAAAUGAUGGAAUACUUCAAUCAACAAAUGCACUUGAGUGGUUUGGCUCAAGCGGCAGGCAAUCCAGUACUAGCUUGCCAGAUAAAUCUCGAUAAAAAUUUCGCGUUCUUAGAAUUUAGGUCCAUUGAUGAAACAACCCAGGCCAUGGCAUUUGACGGCAUCAAUUUCAAAGGUCAGAGUUUGAAAAUUCGCAGACCUCAUGAUUACCAACCGAUGCCUGGUAUGGCGGAAAACUCCAUUAGCGUACCUGCUGGUGUAAUCAGUACUGUUGUACCAGAUUCGCCUCAUAAAAUUUUCAUUGGAGGUCUUCCAAAUUAUUUGAACGAAGACCAGGUAAAGGAACUGCUUAUGUCGUUUGGGCAGCUACGAGCCUUCAACCUAGUGAAAGACACGGCUUUUGGACUGAGUAAAGGAUAUGCAUUUGCUGAAUAUAUUGAUAUCACUAUGACUGAUCAGGCUAUCGCUGGUUUGAAUGGGAUGCAGCUGGGUGACAAGCGUCUCAUCGUGCAGAGAGCCAGCGUCGGAGCUAAAAACACCACCGUGUUACCGGCUGUCCAGAUUCAGGUACCGGGUCUCAGUCUGGUUGGAGCCUCAGGGCCGCCAACAGAGGUUCUGUGUCUUCUUAAUAUGGUAACGCCUGAUGAGCUCAAAGAUGAAGAAGAGUAUGAAGAUAUACUUGAAGAUAUUAAAGAGGAAUGCAACAAGUAUGGUGUUGUGCGUAGCAUAGAAAUCCCCAGGCCGAUUGAGAACGUCGAGGUUCCUGGUUGUGGAAAGGUCUUUGUGGAAUUCAACUCCGUGUUGGAUUGUCAGAAAGCUCAACAAACUCUAACAGGUAGAAAAUUCAGCAAUCGUGUCGUCGUCACUUCAUAUUUCGAUCCAGAUAAAUAUCAUAGACGGGAGUUUUAGAAUUGACAUCAUCCUUAAGAUUACCUUGUAAGUCUAUAUCAAUUUCAACCUUUUCAAUUUCAAAAUAUAUAGUUGUAACGGA